GCCCCGGCCGCCGCCGCCAUGUGGCCCCCAGACCCGGAGCCCGACCCGGACCGCGAGCCCGCCGGCCGCUCCCAGCCCAGCGCGGCCCUUCCCGGGCUCCGCGCCCUCCUGCCGGCGCGCGCCUUCCUCUGCUCGCUCAAAGGCCGCCUCCUGCUGGCGGAGACGGGUCUCUCCUUCAUCACCUUCGUCUGCUAUGUGGCGUCCUCAGCAUCCGCCUUCCUCACAGCGCCCCUGCUGGAGUUCCUGCUGGCCCUCUGCUUCCUCUUUGCUGAUGCCAUGCAGCUGAACGACAAGUGGCAGGGCUUGUGCUGGCCCAUGAUGGACUUCCUACGCUGUGUCACAGCGGCCCUCAUCUACUUCGCCAUCUCCAUCACAGCUGUGGCCAAAUACUCGGACGGAGCUUCCAAAGCAGCCGGGGUGUUUGGCUUCUUUGCCACCAUCGUGUUUGCAAUUGACUUCUACCUGAUCUUUAACGAUGUGGCCAAAUUCCUCAAACAAGGGGACUCCGCAGAUGAGACCCCAGCUGACAAGGCAGAAGAAGAGAAUUCCGACUCUGACUCCGACUGAAGACCCGACCUGCCCUGGCAGCCUGAGCCACGCAGGCCUCCGCUCCUGCACCUUCUGACCAUGCUGGCCGGAGUGUGGCCAGGGGACCGUGCACGUUGGGAGGGAGGCUGUGACUUCUCGCACAGCAGCGGGAGUUGCUGACGGAGCAGGCCUUCUCACAGCCCCAGGGUGACGUUCCUGAGCCCGGCAUACAUGACGGCACCCCUUGGCUUAGCACUCUCCAGCCUCUCUGCUCGUGAGGGCAUCGUUCCGCCACUUCUCAUUUCUGUCCCACAGGCCUUAAGCCCUUAAACCUCUGCCAAAAAUAAGCACAAGGGGACAAAGCAGAUAGAGCCUUGUUACACCAUCGCAGGAAGCACUUCACACUGUGGUGAGUGCCAGGGAGAGACAAGACGGAAACCGGCGGAGGGCCAUCCCCUGGGCCCCAGUGGUUUCUGUCUGCAUCUGGCGCCCCUGCUCACGGCAGCCAUUUUGUCGAGAACGAUGCUUCCGAGAUUCUUUCGUUCAAGGAGCAACAGUUCCCUCUUCAUUCUUGAAGCAGGGAGAAAACUGGCCUUUGCUGUAUGAUCUAGGAGAGAGUGGGUCCUAGUGCCCAUGAGUGAUACCUUACACCCUUGGAGACCAUAUCUUCUUCAGAUGACAUGCCUAUUCUGGGUCUAAGACUGUUUCAAGAAGAGCUCAUAGACUAGCUUACCAGGUCCAAGAGAUCGAGGGCUCCAAACAACGAAGUGGCAGUGACAGCCUCCAGGGCAGCUGGGCAGGCCCAGCCAAACCCUGUCUUUCCCUGGGCCAUCAGCAGGUGAGAGGCACUCGGGCCCUCAGGACAAUGUGCUUCUGAACACCUGACCCUCACGAGGGGCGAGACGUGCCUUCUGUGUUCACCUAAGGACCUUAUUAUGCUGUGCAUGUAUCUUCAAUGGGAUUUUGUAACUUUAUAAAUAUAUAUAUAUUUUUUACACAAAAGCAGCUUCUUAAAUGGCAUUUCCUGUGGCCCAAGAGGCCUUGUGAAUGAGCCAGAGUUCUGGACCCAUGUUUUGGGCAUUUGUAAUCUUUGUUCUUCUCUUGCAUGUGAAUCUCCUACCCUGAAAAAAG